GAGAGCCACUCUUACGCAGCCCUCCUUUCCAAUCAACUGCAGCAGGAGCACAAAAAAGGCAUUUCCGGGAAAGUGGGGCCACGUUUAUGGGUUGCAACAUGGAGGCGACUAGUGGAACUAAUGAGCCGGUUUCCGGGGAACUGGUGUCUGUGGCACAUGCACUUUCUCUCCCAGCCGAAUCUUAUGGCAACGAUCCUGAUAUUGAGAUGGCUUGGGCCAUGAGAGCAAUGCAGCAUGCCGAAGUCUACUACAAACUGAUUUCAUCAGUUGACCCACAGUUCCUGAAACUCACCAAAGUGGAUGACCAAAUCUACUCUGAGUUUCGGGAAAAUUUUGAGAGACUCAGGGUAGAUGUUUUGGACCCAGAAGAGCUCAAAUCAGAGGCAGCUAAAGAGGCCUCUUCUUGUCCAUGCUGUCAGGAACCAACCCACUUGGCCCAGCUUCAGCAUCAGAUAUUGCUGCCUGGCAGGAAGAAGGAGACUCUCCCGGCUUCCUUGGCUCCAUUGCAGCCCAUCUGGGGAGGAGCCAAGAGGAAACUUUACAAAUUUUUUGCUACUGCUGUUCCUGUCUUCAAGAAAUCCCAGUUUGUGAAUCAACCACUACAAUCAAGUUCUACAACAGUCUCUCAUCACCACAAUGAUCCUUUGAGUGCUGACUUUUCAUAACCAUACUCACCUUCACUUCCUUUUCUCUCUUGCCCCAUCAAUAACAACUGGCAGCCAGAAGUCUCUUCUCAUCUCUACAAUUUUGUCAUUUUAAAAAUGGUAUAAAAAUGGAAUUAUACAGUAUGUAACCUUUGGGGGUUAACUCUUUCAAUCAGCAUAAUGCCCUUGAGAAGCAUCCAGCUUGUGUGUAUUGAUAGUUCAUUUCUUUUUAUUACUGAGUAGAUUUCCAUGAUAUGGAUAUAUCACAGAGUUUUAUAACCAUUCACCCAUUGAAGUAAUCUGGCUGGUUUCCAGUUUGAGGCUCUUAGGAGUAGUGCUGCUAUGAAUGUAGACAUAAGUUUUCAUAUCUAUGGGAUAGAUCACCAGGAGUGUGAUUGCUGGGUCAUACAGUUAUCACAUUUACUUUUCUAAGAAACGAGUAAAUAAUUUCUAGAAUGAUAUUUUGCAUUCCCAUCAGCAAUGUAUCAGUGAUCCAGUUCUUAUCAUCCUAACCAGUAUUUGGUAUUAUAACUGUCUUUUUAUGUUAGCCAUUCUAAUAGUGACAUCUCUUUUUUGAUACCUAAUUCAUAUGCCAUAGAAUUACCAUUUUCAUGUAUACAAUUCUGUAGUUUUUAGUGCACUCACAGGGUGUAUACCCAUUAUCACUAUUUAAUUUCAGAACAUUUUCAUCAUACAAAAAAAACCCUAGUAUCCAUUAGCAGUCAGUCCCCAUUUCCUCCUCUCCCCAAAUGCUGGCAAUCACUAAUCUUCUUUCUGCAUCUGGGGAUUUAUUUAUGCUGGAAAUCUCAUAUAA